AUGGUCAGCUCGUCACCAGACCGUUGUCGGCAUAAUUCACAGGACUACGGCGGGAACAAGGCUCAGAGUUUGCGCAGCGCUCGUACCGAUUCUUUGCCCAACCUCGACGGCCCCUCCUCUAGGUCUGCGAGCCCCUUGAGGGUCACCGAUUCUCCCCUUUCAAUGCUUGUCAAUGAGACGGAGAAAUUUCCAGUUCUUGACGUUGAUGACCCUCACAACCAGCCCAAAAUCCAUUGCGAUGACGAAGGCAACAAAUCCGAAGUCAAGGGAACACAGACGCCAGCAAAUACCAACGAUGCGCCACUGUCGCCCGUUGUCCAGCAAACCCAAAGUCAGCCGGCAGAAUCGCCGAAGAAGGAGCACAAGAAGCGGUAUAGUAUUGGUGUGGCUCUCUUUGGUAAAGACAAGAAUGUUUCAGAGGGGUCGGAAACUGCACGCAAAUUGCAGAAACCCAGACGGCGAACAAUGUCCUUCACCAAGAAGGAAGCCCAGAAGUCAUUACACGAAGAAACCCACCAUGAUAUUGUCCAGGAAGUCAAAGUAGAUGGAGCAACGAUUGAAGAUACUGAUUCAGCGGCACAUCCAGCGGUCCGACCUUUGUCUCUUAUCAUCCCAGGCGAGUUCAAAGGGAAGGAAAAGGAAAUCGAUGCCGGUCCCGUCUACGCUCGAUGCUCCUGCUGCGGUAGACUAAAACGUCCACCAGGAUAUGCCAGCGAGCUAAGUCCAGUCUUGGAAAAUGAAAACCUGAAGACGAAGUUCAGUUUCGAAAUCGAACGGAUGUCCCCGACAACACAAAGACGAAGCUCUGAUGCUAGCCCAGACAAACAUACGCCAAUUAUCCCUACAGAAAUCGGCGGGAAUGAGGCUCGUCAAGCAACUAUUGAAUCAUACAAGGACCCGGUCAGCCCAGCUAGCGAACAGAGCCCCCCAAAGAACACCAGUCCCAGAAGAUCAAAGAGACACUCUGAUCCUCCCAGAUUCGUCCGAUUUGGAAGUUUACACGGCCGCAGAAAUACCGAUCCGACCGUGAUCGACGAGGAAGACGAGGUCGACGUGGAGGUUAAUGCCCCUCUCAUGGAUGCCCAAACGGGCAUAGACGCUAGAGACGCCGGAAUUCGAAAUCUGGCUGCUGUCGAGGAAGUCGCGAGCAGCCGACCUGUAAUUGAACAUGAUGGAGAUCGAUCAUUCGUCGAGCCACAGUUCUGCGUGUCAUCUUCGUCCACCGAAGUAGCAGCGGCUACCCAUCCGCGAUCGCCAAUCCAGGAAACGCCGUCGGCCACUCUUGUCACACCGGCUCACGAGGCCAGCCCCGAGGAUCAACCCGUGGAGACGCGGACGUCAAGUCCGACAAGCUCGUCACCCGACCAGAGCCAAUCAUUGCUCUGUCUGCCCGAACCAUCUUUCGGACCAGAAUUUGCACGAAGUAACACCAUCUUGAGAAGCUUCGUCAUGGAGUCGAAUCGGACUGUCAGCAAUCACGGCAGUGCCCUCGAUGUGGGAUUACCUGGCUCAGCGAGGGGGACGGGUGGUGUUGCUAUGCCGGCAGCGAUGAAUCAGGCCCGAGCCCAAUUGUUAGACACGGAGCGCCAAAAAGGUCAAAAAUGGGUUGCCGAAGUCAUGGCGGUUUAG